AUGUUUCGCCUUCCUGCCUGUUCUUCCUAUUGUUUUCCUUCUAAUUUUCGUUUUCUAUUAUUAGCAAGCAUUCUCAUUUUCAUACUUCUCAAGGUCAAUACCAUUCACUCACACACGGGUUUAUAUUUUCUAAUCAGUGGUUUGUCUUUCUGCUGUAGUAAUGGGAGCUUACUAGGAGGCAUAUUGAGAAAGAGACAGCUUAGACUUUUCCUCACUACAAGGAAAGCGAUGUACCAACUACUUCAGUGCCUUUCCAUCCCAAGCCCACAUGAUAUAUUUAUUCAUACAGCUGGAUGUGGAUCUAAGCCUAGUGCUAGGCAUCUGUGUGUGGCACUAAAUGUCAAGAAGAUUGAUUUAACUUUGGUUCAAUGA